AUGGGGGGCUUGCUGCAGCGAACCGGCACCCGCACAGAUGCCUCUGCCACGGCUCGGGAGGGACAGACCUCUGGGGAGCUGUCCGGGCUCCACCGGCGCCUCAGCACCCAGGGCUUCUCUUCCUUCACUGCUAUAUCUUCCUCAAGCUCCAGGGAUGAGGCUCUAAGGGACAAACGUACCCGGAUCCUGUCACGUGGGCUGCCGAAACAGAAGCCUAUAGAAGGAGUUAAGCAGGUGGUGGUCUUGGCUUCUGGAAAAGGGGGAGUUGGAAAAUCAACAACAGCAGUAAAUAUAGCCCUCGCCGUAGCAGCAAAUGAUCCGACAAAAGAAGUUGGUUUACUUGAUGCAGACAUAUAUGGACCUUCAAUUCCAAAGAUGAUGAACUUAAAAGGAAACCCAGAAUUAACGCCAAAAAAUCUAAUGAGACCCCUUAAGAACUAUGGAAUCGCAUGCAUGUCUAUGGGCUUCUUGGUAGAAGAGACCGCCCCCGUUGUGUGGAGGGGGCUCAUGGUAAUGUCAGCUGUUGAAAAAUUGUUGAGACAG